UCAUAGCUCUCCCUCACUCCCCUCUCUCUCUCUCUCUAGCUCGGCAGAUUUUUCGUCUGCAAGAAGAGAAAAAAAAUCCAGAGAGAACGACAAAAUUAGGAAGAGACAUCAUAGAGGAGAAAUCAAAACCAACGAAGAAGAAGAAGAAACCCUGAUUAGGUCCCGAAAAUGGAGUAUGAGAAAUCUCCCACUGCUACUACUUUCUCUAGGAAGAUUAGUGGUAAUCGUAGCCAUAGUCUUAGCUUUAGUGCAAAUGCCGUUUACGACGGAGUUUUUUCUUCUCCGGCGAAUUCGAAAUCUCCUUUGGUUGAUUACGGCGAGAUUUUCCGAGGUUCCGGUCCUUCUCCGUCUUCGAUUCCGUUUCUGGAUGUCCCGGAGCUGAACGUUGGUAAGGUUAAGGUUGAUGUUCGGAGUUCUAAGCUCGAUUACUCUUCCGUGUUUGGAGGCUUUGGAGCUUGCGAUUUCGCUGUUACUCCUAAGGAAGUGAUCAUCAAGUCCGAGAAGAAAACCGCCGUUACUGAGGAUAACAAAAGGAAUCGUAGGAAAGGUGGAAAUUCUUCUGAUGUUCCUCUUUGCAACGAGGGGAAAAAAUCACCUGAAGUGGUUAGGAUGAAGCACUCUGAUAUAUUACAUCACCAGACGGUUCCUCGAAAUGAGAAUGGGACUACUCAUCUUACUCAGGUCCUCACUAUGCCUGGUCCUAGUCCGACUCAAGCGGUUGAUAAUACGAGUUUGUUGCAGAAGAUUGAAAGUAAAACUCCUAUUCCAACAGCUGAGAAGAAGCUGCCAUGUAGCGAGGGUCAUGAGGAAGUCAAGGCUUCUAGAAAUCGGGGUUCUAAAACUGAGGUCGAUUUCGAGAACAGUUUUGCUCGAAAUGGAUGCAGUACGCGUGAUAACUCCACGUCCAAGACCGAUUCUAACGGUGGACAUCAGGAUGUGAAACCACCUUCAAGCACCGAUUCUAAUGCUGGACAUCGGGAUGUGAAACCACCUUCAAGCGUGCAGCCUACUUUGGAUGGUGAAAAUGGAGCUUCCGAAAGAUUAUCAGGUUUAGAUUCUGGGCCUUCAGAAAGGUUUCAAACUGAAGAUGCUGAUUCUCCAAGUUCACCUCCAUACUUCGAUGCUGAAACAGAUGCAAAUUCGGCUGCCGCUGAGUCUUCUGCAGCACUGAAAAAGGCUAUAGAUGAGGCACAAAUAAGAAUGAAUAUUGCAAAACAAAUGAUGGAUAGGAAAAAGUCAGGCUUUCGCAGUUGUGCAAAACUGAAAUCUUGUGAUGACCCUAAAAUUGAGAAUAAAGGGGACACAAAGGUUGAAGGAAUUACAGAAGAAAGCAGAUACAACAAUUCCCAGAUUCUCGGUGAAAUCGUGAAAUAUUCUGAACAAUCAUUUUCAAACGAGGGAGAUCAGCAUGCUAAAAGAGCGCGGAAGCUGUGGGGAGUUCCUGAAGGACUUUUAAAAUCAACUUCAGACCAUAAGCCAGAAGAGUUAGACGAGCAAGAUGUGAUAAAGCAAGAAGAGGAACAAGCAAGAAGAGGUCGAAAACACUGGGAAUUACCCGGAGGGAUAUUCAAAUCAGUUAUGAAUAGUAUGCAGCAAGAGCCAGAAAACCUUGCACCAGCCAAACCUGAAACUGAUACGAAACAAGAGGUGCAACCAUUAACUGAGAAUCCCUUCUAUACAUUCGGACAGCUUGGCAGUAAAAUAAAGUGUGUUGUUGUAGAGGCUUUCACGGGGAGCAAGGUUUCACAAAAAGAUGAGAAACAGGUUACAGAGAAGGAAAAUUCUACCCUCACUCAAAUGGUUCAAGGUGAGGAAAGUGACUCAAAAGAGAUGCUAGCUGGUAUUCCAGUCAUGGAAACAUAUUUAAGGGAAGUGGAAGAAACCCCGCAACAAACUGAGAGUAAGAGCGAAAUUAAUAUUGAAGAGAAGUCUGAAUCUACAAUAUGUACUUUCACAGAAGGAUCUUCUCAGAUUAUGGAGAAAGAAACAGGAUGUCAAGUUAAAAGUGCUUGUGAGUCCGAAGGUGGAUGUGGCGUAAAAGAUUUCCAAGAAAAUUCUAACCAAACUUGCAAUGUUCUAGAUCAGGAAAGUGAGAAGGAGAUAGUCUCUGAGCCACAAGAGAUGUUAGUUGGUCCUGAUGAUACCAAAACAUAUAUACGGGAAGUGGAAGGAAUCCCAACACCGAGUUUGAAUAAAACUCAGUCCGAUGAUAGUGUUGGAGCUAUGGUGUCUUUUAACAGAGAAAAUAUUUCUGAGCCAGAAAACGUAGAUGAGGUGCAAGAGACAGUGCACAAGGUUCCCAGGCGAAGAAGAGUUUGGAAGACCUCUGAAGACGUCUAUAAUAUGAUAAAGGCCCCGAAGGGAAGCAACAGGCCCUGGCAGCUAGAAAGUGCGGAAAAUGAAACCACAGCGAUGUCCUUUCAUGAGGAAGGUGUAAGGAUCCAUCAUGCUAGCGAGGAAACAGAAAGCACAUCUGGACAAGCGAGUGAUUCAGGAUUGCAAGAAAAUUGGACCGUUCUUAAACAGAUGUUUAGGCAGAUGUUUCAGACAGCGGAUACUAAGGGAGAGGAUGAAACUUACUGCUUAGUGGAAUCUGAAAAGGGGCAUCUUGAUAUCCAUCGAAAAGCUCAAGAGAAAUAUGAACAGGAUGAGGUGGAGACAGUAAGAACGAAUUUUGAAGACUAUGCAAAUACCAGAGAAAAUGAAGACUUGGAAACGGUACAAGAAACAUAUUGUAGAAAAGAGGAUGGUAAGGUAGAAGUGCAAGGUAAAACGUCUUUGGUCCGUGAACUGAUCGGAGAAGAGCUAGAAAUGGCUAGCCUAGAAGAGGAAGAUGUGCAGGAAGAAUCUGAAGAAGCUAGCUGGGUUCAAGGACUCUCUGAACUUAAUGAGAUAAAGGAGCAUGCAGAUUCUCAUGCUGAAAUGCUUGAAUACGAUCGAAGUGAAACAGAUUCAAAUAAUUCUGGGGAGAGAUUUGAGCAAACACAGGAACAAGCAGAAGAAACUAAGAUCGAUGGUAGUAUAGAUACUGACACCAGCAGGUCAUCUUUUGAAAUGAGACAAGGUGAUUCAUACAUUGAGGAGGUUGGCAUUGAGCAAGAUCUCAGUGAUCAAUUCCCUGAAAAAGCCAGUGUUGUCAGUAGCACGGAAGAAAACAUUGAAGAAAUAGAUUCUGAUUCGAUUCAAAGUGGUUGGAGUGUUGUAGAGGAUGACGACAGAUCACUGCAGGAUGGAGGGGCAGGUCAGGCAGAAAGUAAGCCUGACGAAUUGGAGGAAACCAAAGAAGAAAGUGCUGAAAUGAAAACAAGUCUUGGUGUAGAGAGAAAUGGAGAUAAGACAGAACUAGAGCACCGGUUUGAGUGUCAAGAGAAUGAAACAGAUAGAAGCAAUGUGGAGGCAGCAGAGACAGUUGAGGAAAAUCUGAAAAAGAAAGAUAAAACAAGGGAGAAAGAGAGAUUUAUGGUAGAAAGAGCUAUUCGUGAAGCCCGCGAAAGGGCAUUUGCGGAUGCUAGGGAAAGAGCAGGAAAAAUGAAAGAAAAUGAGGGAGAGGAGAGUUGUCGAUCAUCUAUGGAAGAAGAGGGAGAUGCUACUUCUGAUAUUGGCGCAGCAACAGAUGGAAACAUGAAAGAAAAUGAAGGAGAGGAGAGUUGUCGAUCAUCUAUGGAAGAAGAGGGAGAUGCUACUUCUGAUAUUUCACAAAACAAAGCAGAGACAGUUGAGGAACAUCUGAAAAAGAAAGAUCAAACAAGGGAGAAAGAGAAAGAAAGAGAGAAAGAGAGAUUUAUGGUAGAAAGAGCUAUUCGUGAAGCCCGCGAAAGGGCAUUUGCUGAUGCUAGGGAAAGGGCAGGGAAAGCUGCACUGGAGAAGGCAAAGGCAGGAGCCCACCGUAAAGGGACUGCUGAGGUUCCAAGGAGAUCAGAGAAGGGAUCUGUUGAGGUAAAUGAUAAGUUAUCAUCAGCUGAGAAAGCUUCAAUGCAAGCCAAACUCAGAGCAGAGCGUGCUGCUGUAGAAAGAGCACUCACUGAGGCCAGAGAACGUGCCAUGGAAAAAGCCUUGUCUGGUAAGUCUGCUGCUUCUCAAACAAAAAGUUAUGGCGGCAGCAAGUCAUUUAGCUCUUCUGGUGAAAGACGAGGCUCCUCAUCUUCUCAGGGUGCGGAGAACAAAAGUUCAGGUCCUUCCAAUUCUUCAAACCAGACUGCCAAAGGAGAGUCAAUCCAGAGAUGUAAAGCUAGAUCUGAGAGACACCAGAGAACAUCUGACCGCGCGGCAGAGGCUCUUGCAGAGAAGAAACAUCGUGAUCUUAAAGCCCAGAAAGAGCAGACAGAGAGAAAUAGACUCGCGGAAGCUCUUGAUGCUGAUGUCAAACGGUGGUCAAGUGGAAAGGAAAACAACUUGCGGGCAUUGCUAUCAACACUCCAAUAUAUACUUGGAGGAGAGAGUGGAUGGAAACCGAUUCCUCUCACUGAUCUUGUCUCAAGUGCUUCUGUGAGAAAAGCCUACCGAAAGGCAACUCUUUACGUUCAUCCUGACAAGCUUCAACAACGUGGUGCAUCCACACAGCAGAAGUACAUUUGUGAGAAAGUUUUUGACCUUCUCAAGGAAGCAUGGAACAAAUUUGGUGCAGACGAACGAUAAGUAAGAUGGUGUGACACUUUGGAUCUUCCUUUACCCUAUUAUCAGAAGUCACUCUGCAAAUCAGAACCAAGCAGCGUAAGAACCUAAGUUUACAAGUACAGGAUCAAGCUAUGGUAUGGGAGGAAGACAGAUCUAGAGAUGUAGUAACUAGUUAUAAAUAUUUAUAUCCAUAUGGGUCAUAUAUAUAAAAGAAGCUCAUUCAUAUUCCUAGCUAAACCAGCCACACAUUCUCAUCGCCGCUUCA